AUGACGACACUGAAAGCUCAGUCUGUUCUCGUUACCGGGGCGAACAAGGGAAUCGGGCUCGAACUGGUUAAACAGCUGAUCAAUUCCAGUGUUCCACCAACUCAGACCUUAGCCACUUUCUGGCAGUCAAGCUCAACCCAGGAGCUGGAGACUUUAGCAAAUGACCAUUCUUCGGUGAGGAUGAUAGAGCUGGAUGUUACAGAUUCCGCCAGCAUCCAAAGAGCUGUGGAGAGAGUGGAAGCAGUUCUUGGUAGUACUGGACUCAACCUACUCAUUAACAAUGCUGGAAUAAACUCGCAUGCAACUCUCGAAAACAUCACAGCUGAGGACAUGAUGGCGGUUUACCAAACAAAUGUGGUUGGCCCCUUAUUGGUGAGCCAGGCAUUUCUACCUCUCCUAAAGAAGGCGGCCCAGGCCUUGGAUAUGGAAGAGAUGAGCUGUAAAAAAGCAGCAAUUGUCAAUAUCACCUCACUCUUGGGUUCCAUUACGUUGAGUCAGAAGAAUUUCAGAAGAGCUGCAAUGUAUCCAUACCGCCUCAGUAAGGCUGCAUUAAACAUGGCAAGUACAUGCCUUUCAGAGGAUUUGAAGCAAUAUCAGAUUCUUUCUGUUGCUAUCCAUCCCGGCUGGGUUCAAACAGACAUGGGAGGCAAGGAAGCACUUGUGUCAGUCAGUGACAGUGUCAGCAACCUGAUGAAGCUGUUUGCCAACCUGUCGCAAUGUGAUACUGGAAAAUUCCUGGAUUUGGAGGGAGGGGAACUUCCCUGGUAA